AUGUAUAAGCAACGUCUUUGGAAGCUCCAUCAGGGCACGGUGGAGACGAUCGACCAGAUGGGAAAUGAUGGGCCGUUAAGUGAAGAGAUCAGCUACUUAGAGCAGCGCCAGGAAUCAGAGGAUUUUCUGAAGUAUUACGUUGACGAUGACGAUGAAAACGUCGCUAUUUAUUCUCGGGUCAGCGUCUACGGCAAAGAAUUCGUCGCUGCUAUGUACUACAGUACCAUCGGCAACCCGGUCCUGUGGAUCUACGAAAAG